CUAAACUACAUAGAUGGUCGGUUCUGUUUUCUGUGAAUAAUUUCAAUAAACUCGUGGCUUUUCAACCCAUCGUUAGGGUUUUGAGUUGAAAUGGCUGCGGAGUUCACAUCAAAGGAGGAGCAGGCAAGGCAAUGCACCAAUGCUCUAACAGUAAUUCAUUUCCCCUUCUAUCUCUAUAUAUCUUUUAUGCUUCUGCAUUUGAUAGUAAUUCUGCACUAUGUAAGUGCCCUCCAAAACCAAGAUGUCAGGGAGAUGAAAAACACACAGAUGGUGGCGAAGAAAAUCAUGAUGACCUAGAUUAAUUCUGGAAAGGGUUUAACACAGUAUGGAACUUGUAAUGGCCUUUGGCUCUUUGGGAGUUCUUUCUUAAAAAUUGGAUCCUCCACUUUGUUUGCUGGUGCGGUGAAUGCUGCCAGAUUGCAAAGAAAGUUGAAGUCUUAAGAGCCAAAGUCACUCCCUUCCCCUUAGCCUGGAAAAGUGGGUAUGGUUAUGUUCGUUCAUACCAUCUUCUUGUUCAAGUGCAUUACUUCAGUUUCAAUAUGUUUCUUCAUCCUUCAGGGACUCAACUUCUCCAUUCUGUCUUGCUGGUGUAAGUAAUGACAAAUAACAAAACAAACUUGUAACAAUUUAGAUGUUUCUUCAUAAAAGGCCAUAGAGAAGGAUUCAGAGAUUCAACCUCAGAUUUGUGGCCUCUUUGAUUCAGAAUGGCUUCCUUCAACCAUGUCCAAGCUACAUUUCCUCUGUGCCUUAAAGCUGUCAUAUGAUAACUCUUUUGCGAAAAUUCCAUCAAGCACCUAAUUGCAGAGCUUUACUGCUUCCGCUUUUUUUUUUUUUUUUUUUGGGGGGGUGGGGGUAAUUCUGCACUCUGUGGGCCUCCUCUAACACCAACAUGCUCCCGUGAUGAAAGACCUACAGAUGGUGGUUCCAGUACCAUCAAGGCGAUGAAGAUGAAUUUUAGAAAAGAAUUUAAGCCCAGUAUGGAACUUGGAAUGAUGGCUUUUGGCCUUCUGGAAGUUAUGGCUUUAAACUUGGACCAUCCAUGGAAACAUGCUUGCUUCUUGUUGUUUCACUUUGACUACAUGAAGAUCUGCCUCAGUAACUUGAAGGCAGUACUUUGUUUGGUGGUAACAGUUAAUGCUAUCAGAUUGCAAGAAUGUUCAACUUGUUACCCUGGAGCCGAAGGAAGAGGGUGCUUCUUCAGAAUUCAAGGACUUGACGUUUUCUUGUGAAGUGAAAUUCCGAGGUAAGUUUUGUUAUCUCAGGACAAAAAGAGUAAAAUUCCAGGCUUUCUUAGCUACUACAGUCCCCAGGACCACCUUAUUAUUUCCAUUUUUGUGUGCUAAAUUAUGCUUUAUGUGUGUUUUAUUGUAUCAUUUUGUUUUUUGCUUGUUUUUAUUCCACCACCUAGUUUGUAAGGAUGAAGAACAAGUUAGCUGCAACAGAAAUAAGACUGAAAUCUGAAU